AUGUCACAAAGGGCUAUUAGAAAUGAACUUCUCAAGAAGGAGGAGACGAUUCUUGGAAAAUACCAUAUUCACCCGUCUUAUCCAAAAUUCCCCUCUUUUCCUCAACCCCCCGAACCAAAUUACUUCUUCAUUAAAACAUCAGUUAAGCUUCCACCCUCUCAUUUGGGACUUUCCCAUUUGUUUGAGAUUGGGUUUUACCUCAAAAGCGCUCGCGAUUUCAUUCACAUCAUGUUCACAUGCAAGAAGUUCAGACUCUUCACAAACGAAUACACUGAAUUCAACCCAAUUGAUGAUUUUACGAUAUUCCCCCUUAUCAAGAAUCAAUACUUUUACUUCGAAUUGUCGGACUACACGGAUCCACGAUGUUUCAGAAAGAAACCUGGGAUGGUUAAAUAUGUGUAUUACCCAGAAGUAUCAUACACUGAAUCACUGUGGCUGUAUUAUAAAGUGAAUUUGGAAUGCCCAAAUGUGGUGUAUUCAGGCGCGGAUUAUAUCCGGUUCGGGUUUAUCAUACCAAAACACAUUCACCGAAUGGGAGACGCUUGCUUCUACUCAUCGCCACCACGUGGGUUGCAGUCGUACACUAUUCCAGACCACAUUUGGAAGUUGGGGCAGAUGGCAUUUAAGCGGUGUACAAAUAUCACUGAAAUCAUAUGCGCGAAGACGAAUUUGUAUAUUCCCAGUCUUGCGUUUGCGUUAGAUAAAAAUGUCAUGAGGGUUGUCUUGAAUGGAAUCGACUCGUUGCCACAAGGGCUCUUUGCAUAUUGCGAAAAGUUGACGGAAGUCCAAAUCCCAACAACGGUGUCAUAUCUUUCUAAUUUCUGCUUCACGGGAUGUAAGAGUCUUCCCGAAAUUCAUAUACCCUCUAUAGUAACUUCUAUUGGUUUUAAUUCAUUUGAAGAAUGCUUGGAACUGACUUACGUCAAUUUACCGGACCAUAUCAAAGAGAUCCCAGACUAUUCCUUUGCUGAUUGUAAGUCACUUGUCGAGUUGAAACUCCCAUCGAAAAUAACAAGAAUCGGAAAUGCCGCUUUUGCUUUCUCAGCAAAACUCCAAUCAAUUAAUAUACCAUCCACAGUCACCUAUGUGGGGGAAUCAUGCUUCUUGUGUUGCUCACAAUUGGUCAACAUUGCUGAAGAUAUCAAAAACGUCAAAGUGAAGGAAAACUUCUGUACAUUGACAGUUGCUAAUGAGGAUAGAAUCAAAUUAAACAACAUGAAAUUCAUCCAAGAACUUGAAGCCGCUAACUCUUCGGAUUUGGAAAAGAUGGAUUGGAGCUCUCUUAGAAAGUAUCAAUGA